AUGGCGAAGCCUGCACCAGUUCUCUUUGAAUUCAGUAUCGCUAGGGGAAGGUUCAGGACCACAGAGCCCAGAGGACGAGCAGCAUCUGCAACAUCCACAAUAUCGAAGCCCUGUGCCUUCCUGACGGUCCUGGUGGUGCUGAGCUGCUGGUCAACCUGCUCUCUAGGAUGUGACCUGCCUCACACACAUAACCUGAAGAACAACAGUGCCUUGAAACUCCUGGCACAAAUGAGGAGACUCUCCUCUGUCUCCUGCCUCAAGGACAGAAAGGACUUUGGAUUCCCUCUGGAGAAGGAGAAUGUCCAGCAGAUCCAGAAGACUCAAGCCAUCCCUGUCCUGAAUGAGCUGACCCAGCAGGUCCUGAGCCUCUUCAGCUCAAAGGACUCCUCUUCUGCUUGGGAGACAACCCUCCUAGACACAUUCUGCAGCGGCCUCCACCAGCAGCUCCAGGACCUGCAGGUCUGUCUGAGGCAGCAGGUCGGGGUGCAGGAAUCUCCCCUGACCCAGGAGGACCCCGUGGAGGCUGUGAGGAAGUACUUCCACAGGAUCACUGUCUACCUGAGAGAGAAGAAACACAGUCCCUGUGCCUGGGAAGUGGUCAGAGCACAAGUGUGGAGAGCCCUGUCUUCCUCAGCCCACUGGCUGGCCAGACGGAUUGAUGAGGAGGAGGACUGAGUCCUGAGCCAAAGAGGAGAGGACUGUGCUGGACUAGGAUG